AUGGAUUUUGUCACCGGGAUACCACGAACCCUUAGAGGUUAUGACUCCGUAUGGGUGAUUGUAGAUCGACUGACGAAAUCAGCACACUUUUUGCUGGUGAAGACUACAUAUGGUGGAGUCAGUUGGGACACUUAUCUACCGUUAGCUGAAUUUGCUUACAACAAUAGCUUCCAGUCCAAUAUUCAAAUGGCAAUGCACGAAGCAUUGUAUGUACAAGAAGCUAUGGACAAAGUCCAGUUGAUCAGACAGAGAUUUCUUACAGCUCAAAGCAGACAAAAGUUUUAUGCUGAUAAGAGAAGAAGAGAUUUAGAGUUCACAAUUGGAGACAAAGUAUUCCUACGAGUCUCUCUUAUGAAAGUUUUUCAUGUCUCAAUGCUAAGGAAAUGUAUAUCAGACUCAUCACAGAUGCUUGAAUCACCUGCUAUACCGCCUGAUGAGAAGUUGUCUUACGAGGAGGAGCCAAUCGCUAUUGUUGAUAGACAAGUAAGAAAACUACGGUCAAAAGAAAUAUUGUUCGUGAAAGUCUUAUGGAGAAAUCAUACGGUUGAAGAAGCUAGGUGGGAAGUGGAAGAUUCUAUGCGAGUCAAGUAUCCUCACUUAUUUCAGUCUACAG